AUGGCUACCGAAGCCGAUAAGGUACUUAUUGCUACAUCCCCUAACGGUGCCCUCCCAACAUGGGAACGCCUUACAUGUGGCUUCGUCGCUGGCGCUGUUGCCCGCACAGCAACAUCACCACUCGAUGUCGUCAAGCUUUGCUUACAAGUUUCCUCCAAGGGCGGCUCAGCUAAGGAGACAAUUGACCGCCUCUGGAAGGAAGGUGGCAUUGCCGCUUUCUGGCGUGGCAACACAGUUGCCAUCAUGAACCAGGGCCCACAAUCUGCCAUCAAGUUCUUCUGCGUUGAUGAACUUACCCGCCGUGUUGCCCAGUUCACAAAGGCCCCAAUCACAACACCACAACGUGCUAUGAUCGGUGGUGCUGCCGGCAUCAUUUCUCAGCUCAUUGCUUUCCCAUUCGAUCUCAUCCACACAAGAAUCACAAUCGAUCCAAAGGGCUAUACAGGCAUGUUCCAGGCCGCUAAGAGAAUCGUCUCAGAGGAAGGUGUCUUCGCUCUCUGGUCCGGCAUCAUCCCAACAAUCACUGGCGCCGUCGUUUACGAAGGCUCCCAGUACGUCAUCUCCGGUGGCCUCAAGGAGAGAUUCAUCCAGAUGUACGCUAAGGGCGGCAACCUUACACCAUGGCAAAACCUCUUCGUCGGUGCUGCCGCAGGCGCCAUCGGCCAAACAAUCUCAUUCCCAUUCGAUGUCAUCAGGAAGAGAAUGAUGGUCAACGGUCCAGACGGAAAGAAGGUCUACAAGUCAAUGAGCGAAUGCUUCGCUAAGACAUGGGCCAACGAAGGCGUCGCUGGAUUCUUCCGCGGUAUCGGACUUAACAUGGUCAAGAUUGUCCCAUACUCUGCCCUCCAGUUCAUGAUCAACGAGGAAGCCAAGAUCGCUUUCGAACGCUUCAACGCUUACAUGGCUCAGAAGGAUCAGAAGCUCCCAGAUCUCAAGCUCGCCAAAAAAAAAGAGGUAAGUAAGGGCGCCCUUGUUGAAAAAGUUAAGGACGUCCUUCCUCAGAAGGAGGAGAAGGAUAAGAAGGACGACAAGAAGAAAGAUGAUAAGAAGAAGGACAAGAAAGACGAUAAGAAGAAGGAUGACAAGAAGAAGGAUGAUAAGAAGGACAAAAAGGACAAAGAUGUAAAAGAAGAGAAGAAGGAAAAGAAGGACAAAAAGGAUGACAAGAAGAAAGACGACAAGAAAAAGGAUAAGAAGAAAAAGUAA